AUUGAAUUCUUUAUAAUAAAACAAUCUUUACUUUAUUUAAUCAAUAGAUGAUUUGUUCAUUUCAUUAUUUUAUUAUAGUUUUUGCUUUUGAAACAAAUUUCUACAUUUUAUUGAUUGCCAGAGCUAUUCAAGGUGUUGGAUCAGCAUGUUCAUCUGUAUCCGGUAAGUUAUAUACAUUAUGGAGUGUAGACAUGGUAAAAAUUCUGUUGGGGAACAGUAUUGGGGUCGUACUGGGAUAUCUGAAGUUGGUUAGUCGGUAGAACUUAGCGUAGUCACACUGCGGUCCACAAUAAAUUCAUAUCAUAGAUUUCGUUGAAUCUAGAUAAUCAUUGAAACAUUUAAUGAGUCAUUGAAUAUAUCUAUUUCUCAAUUAUGAGAUUAUUGUCAGAAAAGGAGUUUUGUGAUGAUUUGUAGUCAUUUAAUAGUUGAAUUCAUGAAUUGAUGAAUGUUAGACCACUAUAGAAAACCCGGAAUCAGUAGACGUCUGUCUCGUCUUAGUAUAAGACUUCUUAAUAGAACGCAUUCACGAUCCAAGAACGCUUAACAUCAUAACCACUGAGCCAUCAUCUGAUGGUGUUAAUGUUUAACUUCAACUAAUCGACGAAAUUGAGCAACACAUCCAUCAUUUUCAUCAGUGAGUUACUAUCUCACAACUGACCCAGUUGAACUCCACUGGUCACUGCUUAGUAUAAGACUCGUCGGUGGCAGUGCACAUACAUGUUCCCAUACGAAAGAUAUGGAUUCAGGACCUUCGAUUCCGCUCGCGGUCGCUUAAACACCAGUAUAUUUACACUCCAAAUGUACUUUAAUAGUUCCAUAACACUCACAUUUCAUGUUACAUCUUCUGUAAAAUGUAUACAUAUGAUGUUAUUUUGCACUGAUAUAGAAUGGAUCAAGUAAGACUAGAAUGGAUAUAUAGAACGUGUGUUUCGUCCUAUUUGUGACUCGUCAAUUAAUAUUCUCUCCAUGACUCGAACCCAGGGCUGUUUACUUUAAACAUUAUUGCAUUAUGUAACUAGCUAAUGAGUUCAGAUAACUACUCAUUGGUGUAAUAAGUAUGCGAUUUAAUUCAGCUUGAAAUAAUUUUAAUUAUUCCCUUGCUCAUUGUUAUAUCUUGUGACCGCCAAUUAGAGUGCAGUGACUUAUCGAUCGAAUCAAUAACGCGUAAACUCGUAUGAGCAGUCUAGAGUUCUGAUUGGCCCUGUUUUCCACCUAGCCCAGCCACUUAAUUCCAGAACACAAGUCUCAACUUCUGCGAUGUGAAUCAUUAUAUUUCAAACAUACAAUAGUAAUAUACGUUUAGUAUUAGUCCAUCGAUAGAUUCCAAAAGUUACCAUUCAUUAUACUGGUCGGAACAUAACAUUAAUAUUCUUUGCUGAAAUUUGAUCAAUCUUAGUUAAUCACACAAAUAGAAUGAAAUAUGCGUUUUCAUUUCCAUUACUGACCAUAUCCCAUCUAUUCUAUAUCAACAACUUAUAUUAAAAUGGCUAUAUUAAAGUGAUCAGUACAGGUUUUGUUCAUAAGCUAUUUAUGUAUGUACAUUUCAGUUUUCUAAAAGGUACUUAAGCGAUUAUCUCACAACAAAAAUCAGUGUUAACUUGAGAUAUUCAAACAAAUGUAUCGACUGAAUGAUAACCAUCGGAUGGUGGCUCAAUAGUUUAGAGGUUAAGCGUUGGUGAGCGAGAUCGUUAUGUCAUAGGUUCGAAUCUCACGGAGCGGAGGAGGAGUCUCAUACUAGUGCAUCAGUGUUAGUAGACUAUAUGAUUGGAGAAGAAAUAAUGAUUAAGCAGAAUGGAACGUGUCAGUUAAUUUUAAACCUCAAUAUUUAAGUGAAGAAACAUUUUGAGUAUAUAUGUGCUAUUCAGAAUGAUCAUAAGCCAUACUAACCAACAUCUCUAACCAUUAAUGAUCAUAAUAGCACAGAACCAAAUCAGGUUAUUUGAACCUAAUUAGACGGCUCAGUUCAAUCGUUAGUGUUUUCAUGAACUGAUCCCAUGUUAUGAUAUGGGAGUUUUUAGCUUACAACCAACCUACACUUACGUAAGGAAACUUUGCUUAUUAAGGUAGAUCGUGCUUAUGUAUACAGAAUACAUUUCCACAUUUCUAUUGAUAUGACAGUCUUAUUAAGAGGGGCAAUCGUGUUUUUUUUCUUAAACUACUGAAUAAGUAGAAUUCUUGAUAAAUAUGUUAACCUUCCUAAAUAGUAAAUAGAUGAAGACAACUAAUUAUAAUCAUCAUAUACAAACUAUUCAACAACUCAUAUGACACCUCAUUCAAUCAACUUUACGAAGAGAAAGAUACAUUAAUUACUAUAAGCAGAGAUGAUAGUGGUUAGCAGUGAAAUCCACGAUAUGUGUUUCGACCUAGUUAAGACUCAUCAGCUCCAUUCCAAAGUUGAUAUCCACUUUGAGAGACUGAUCAAGUACAGUGCUAAACAGUCUUAAACCAAUAUAUCAAUGAAUGAUAUUGAAUGUUAUUUUCAAGUUUAGACAUUUAAGAAUGAGAUCAAGGUAAAUAUUGACAAAAUGAUAAUAGUGAAUGGAUCAUUCAGUUGUUGUUGUUGUUGUUGUUUAUAUUUCUUCUUAUAAUAUAGGAAUGGGAAUGUUAGCCACUUAUUAUAUUGAUGAAACAGAACGAGGUCGUGCAUUUGCUAUUGCUUUAAGUGGACUUGCUAUAGGGUUAUUAAGUAAGUAAAUCUGUAUUUAUAAUAAUGUUAAUGAUGAAAGUAAUGUAAUAUGUUGUCUAGUAAAUUCAAUAUAACGAAUGGCAUAACAAGUAUUACAAGGUUACAAUUAUUACAGUUAUACUGUAGGAUAGAAACUUAUAUCACCAACAUUCAUUCACCAAUUAAGCUACACGACAGUCGCUAAACACAAGGACUGACACAACAAGCCAGAUAGAUAGAUAGAUAGAUAGAUAGAUAGAUAGAUAGAUAGAUAGAUAGAUAGAUAGAUAGAUAGAUAGAUAUGUUGAUUGAUUGAUUGACUGAUUGAUUGAUUUCCUAAUUACUUUCUGUGAACUAUCGCGUCUACAGAACCGUGUUUCCACCACCAAAGAUGAUGAAGUCACUUUACUCACUCCAUAGAAACAUCAAAUUGUUGCCUGAUUCUCCAUUACCUAAUAUGUAUUUUAUAUAAUUCAAUCAGGAUUUUCCCAAUGUGUUUGUAAACAAUCAUUUCAAUUCAUACACCAAAACAGACUAAUUCUUAGUUAUAUAUAUUGUGCUUUCUGUUUUCAAGUUGGUGCCCCCUAUGGAGGAAUUACAUAUCAGUUUAUAAGUAAACAUGCACCAUUUCUCAUUCUGGCUAGUAUAACUGUUGUUGAUGGAAGUAAGUUGAAGUUAUCCAUUAUGAUUUGACUAUUCAUAGUUCAAUGAAAAAGGAUAUGGAAACUAGAAAGUACAAAACGAUUACAAUUCGUAAUGUUGCAUAAUAGAAUAAAUAUUUAUGUAAAAUUCAUAAAUGAUCAUAAUAUAUUGUGUGCUACUGAUAUUGACAGAUAUAAGUAGUAUGUUAGUCAAUUAACUACAACGUAGGAUCAGGCACAUAUAUGUAUCGGUCCAAGUUGCCAUACCACAUUAACACAACAAGAUGAACACCACAUUCAUAAAAGUAGUUAAUUCAGAGGUGAUAAUAUAUAAAAGAAAGAUUACAAAUCAGGAUAUAGUACAGGAAGAAAGAAUUAGUUCACAGAAAGAAAGAUAUGAAGCGAUUUUGAUCUCUCGGUUUAGAGGGAAGAGAAAGACUGUAUACACCUACGCGAUUGUGAUUGAUUCUGAGCUAUGUCACACAGAGUCUCCAACCAUUGGUUACGAUAGUCACACGGACCACAACCAACCACAUGGACUCAGACUAGAAGUUAGUGACUACAAGGACUGAUGCCACGUUUUGGUAUGUAGUAUGUAGUACGUAUCAACAAUCGAAAAUGACAUGCCUAUCAACAGAUAGUUGAGAAAAUUGAAGAGAAGAGAAUGAGAAUAAAGAGUGAUUAAUAUGGAUAUGAAGGAAUAAUCAAAUUUGCAAUCUAUGGUUGUUAGUUUUUACCAACAUAUUAUGUAAUGUUAUAUUGAAAUACAUUUGGUUAUCCUGGUAUAUAUGUUCUCACUGAUUACAAUAGAAUAAAAUCUAUAUGAUGAAGAUGAUGUAAUCAGUAGACAAUUGAAUCGUUAUGGUUUGAUACUACGAUAAGUAUCUGGAGUGGCUACAAAAAUGCCAAAUAGUGAUAAUCUUGUCGGUUCUAGAAUAUUUCACACUGGUACAACCUUCAUAAAUUCUAAGUAACCACCAUCACUAACAAGAAUCAGUUCAAAUGUUCAUUCACGAUUGUAGGAUCAUAAGGUAUUGUAAAGAUUAUGAAAUAUUCAUAAUGUACAUCAAGAACUGAUACUACUUAGAAAGAAUAUCAAGUAUCAGGCAGGAUUGGAUAAUUGUUUCGGCUUGAUACAUCUAAUGCUCUACCGACGUGAAUGUCUCGCGAGCUAGACUGAAAGGGUUAGACCUAAUUCACAAUCAGAGGUAUGAAUACACAAUGCUGCGGAGUAUCAUUAUUUACUUACUUACUUACUUACUCACUUACUAACGCCUGUUACUCCUCGUAGAGGAUCAUAGACCGUCAACCAGGAUUCUUCAUCCAACUCUGGUUCUGAACAGUCUUUUCCAGUUGUUGAAUACAUUAUGUCCCCUAUAAGUAAUUUUGUUCAUAAUUGUAUUUGUAUAAUUCUGUUUAUAUCAAUCAUAUUGCGUUAUUGUAUUUAUUUCCAACAUUUAGUUCUACAACUGUUAGUCUUGAAACCAAAGAUCCAACGUGAAAGUCAAGAAGGUUCAAAAUUAACUGAAUUGUUAAAAGAUCCAUAUAUUUUAGUAGCAGCUGGUUCAAUUACAUUUGGUAAUCUUGGUAUGUCUGUAUUAGAACCAACUUUACCAUUAUGGAUGAAAACUAGAAUGAAUUCUACAGAAUGGCAACAAGGUAUUGCAUUUCUACCAGCUAGUUUAUCAUAUCUAGUUGGUACAAAUAUAUUUGGACCAAUUGCACAUAGAAUUGGUAGUGGAUAUAGUGCAGGUUUAGGUUUAUUAAUUACUACUGGAUGUUUAAUAGCAGUACCCUUUUCAAAACGAAUGGAACAUUUAAUAGCGCCUAUGUUUGGUUUGGGAUUUGCUGUUGGCAUGGUUGAUUCAUCAAUGAUGCCAAUCAUGGGUUAUUUAGUAGACUUAAGACAUGUUGCAGUCUAUGGAAGUGUUUAUGCUAUUGCAGAUGUGGCAUUUUGUCUUUCGUUUGUAGUUGGACCAAUUGUUGGUGCUAUACUGGUGAAAUUCUUAGGUUUUAAUUGGAUGAUUUGGAUUACUGCAAUCAUUUGUUUUCUCUAUGCUCCUUUAACGUUAUUUCUCAGGAAUCCAUCAGGAGAAGUCACGAGUAAUUUAGAGGUAAUAUAAGUCGUUUAAUAGUAUUCUACUCUAUAAGUUACUACUAGUGAAUAUGUAGAGGUUUAUGUAGAAUUGUAUAAAAUAUGGAUUGAAUCUAUUGAAUUUAUGAUAAAUCUACUUUGUAUCGUGAUGGAAUCUACUCACCAGAUAAGUUGUAUGCAGUUAAACGUCAGAUGGCAAUUGUUACAAUUGACAGUCCAAGACAAGUGAAAUGUACGAAUACUUGUGAGACUAGAAAGAAGGCUAUAGAAGGUAAUCUACUACCAGCUUGAGUUACGGAAUACACAAUAGAUCCAAAUGGAAGACUGAAGAAUAUGUGUAUACUACCUGGUUGGGAUCCAUGAGACGAUAGCAACCGAUGAUUAGAGACCUUGAAUGACAUGACUCAAAAUCGUUUGCAAUGGUGCAGGUGCACCCACUCUUUGUGUUUCCCCAAAUUACAAUCUUCUGAAUUCUUCAUGUCCCUUUCUUUUUUCUCUUUCCAAAUUUAUUUCAUUGAAUUACACUCCUUGAAUAACAUCUUCAAACUCUAAUCUUCCCGAUUACUGCUUAUACUCUUACUACUUCUACCACUAUGGGAUUUGAAUCGACAAUUGUAUCUGUGUGUUGAUAUGGUAUGGCAACUUGAACUGAUGUAUGUGCGUACGUACGAAGUUCUACGUUGCUGCUGACUGACUACAUAUAUUUCACAAUAAAAUCUGUGUUUCCUCUGGAGUUGGGUUGUUCGUACAUAACGGUAUGACUAUGAUAACUCAAAACUUCAACAGCAUCAGGUUAUCUGCAACCUAAGAAGAAUUUUCUAAUUCUUUACGAGGUUUUGACUCUUUUAUAACCAGGUUAAUCAUGUUAAAGGUAAUCAAAUUGCAGUUAACUCUGCAAAAAAUCACAUUCAGUAGAAAGAAAAAUACAAUUAGUAAUUAUCAUUAUGAUUACUGUUAUAACGCUCGAUUUUCCGUCUGUACUAAUGGGAUGUUAAUCUACACUAGAUUCCCUCCCAGUGUCUAUUAUUCUACAGGACUUCAACACAACUCAGAUCAAGAACACAUGACUAGCCUGAUUAGAAUGUGAGUAUAUUUCCACACUAAAAACCGACAACAAUCAUAAUAAUAUCAAGGGUCAUUGAAUAUAUAGCUCAUCUAACACUUGUCAGACUAUCUCCUAGUGUGACUAAGCAAACAACCAAUGAUUAUCUUCCUCGUUUAAACAUCAACGACCUGUAGUUACUUUUCAAUAUGCAUAGAAUCCGAAUCUAUCAGUGUUGAGUGUUACUUGUAAGAAUGUUUAGGAAGAGAAGAGAGGGAGAAUUCCCAAUGACAUUUAGAAGAAAGUUCAUCUAUUCAAAAACUUAAAUUAAUAACUAAUUUGACCUAUAAACAUGAUGGAUGGUGACUAGCAGUAGGAUCCAGAACGCUUAUUUCAUCCUAAUUAACAGUCGUCAGAUGGGUGUACCUACAUCUCACAGUUGAUGUUCACUUCAGAACUCCAACACAGUACUGUACACUUCAAAUGUCAUCACGUUACCCACUUAGCUACUGAGUUUUGAUACACACUAGCUUGUGCAAUGAGGUGAAGUUUUACCUUAUUUUUGUGUGGGUUGCUCGAAUUUUCCCAUUAAUGGUUAGGACUGUAAUCGAUCAGUCUCCAUUAGCAUUUGUGCUUUUUUUUCCCGAUUGUCGCCAGCAUGUUUCUAAGCAGAGAUGGAUGGAUGGAUGGAUGGAUGGAUGGAUUAGCAGUCGUAUCCAGUACGCUUGUUUAGUCCCAGAAUAAACAUCGACUGUGGUAUGCAGGUAUAUUUGUCUAAUAAGUUCCAAAAUAGGACGCAACACGUGACCUGAGUUCCAUUGCUAGCCAUCAUUCAUCUUUGCUUAUAAAGCUUGUGACUCAAGGUGAUGUCGAGGCGAUCCGCAUACGAUGCACAUAUGCCAACAAGAGACUAAUCAGUUGCAGUCCUAAACAACAAUGAGAAGAUUAAAACAAACGAUACCAAGUGAAUCUAGUUACUUAAUAGUUAUCCGAUAGGAAUACACGUAAUAAUAGUCCAUAAAUAACUCCUAUCAGUUACCAUUCAUUUAUUCUUUGUUAGGGUAUAACACUUCCCUUUCAAUUACAUAAUCUAUCGAAUGAUCUGUUUCUUUACUUUUCUUUUGUUUCUUCGACAUAUUCCCAAUACAGAUAACAGUUUGUAAAUCUAUUUCCAGUUUAGAUGAAUAACCGGGAACUGUCAUUCAAUUAAAAAUGUAGUAAGUGAAUGUAAAUUCAUUUAGAAAGAAUAAAAAAUACACAUUUUGAAGUGUAUCGUUUCUACUUCUAUUGUUUUAUACUGAUAGAUCCCGACCCAGAUGCCUUAAUCCUAAACCGGUAGCCGCAAGGACUGAAGGUUGUAGAUAAGGCUGUGAAUUAUUGCUGGUCAUCACUUUUAUACUAGGAGGAAGUGGUUGUUUGUCGUUAGCUGGUUCCCAAAAAAGCCCAAACUGAACAACUACGAUACACAGACUAAACUAAUCUCUACAAAAGUCCCUUCAACUUUACAUUAGAUAAUUGUAGAAAAUCAUUACAGAGUGAUUGAAACUAGAAAUACAAUACAGCAAAUUCCAUAUAAGUUAUCACAAUGUAGAAUGAACAUUAUUAUAUGAAAAGGUUCUGAAUGCAAUCUCAAGUGACCUGUUGAAUGGGUCCAGAAAUAGGACAAAGACCAUUAUAGUAGUCUAUCACUUUAGAUUCUAAAUCCUUAUCCAGGCGAUUUUCAAUUUGUAACAGGAACCUGUCAACUCAACACAUGGAAUUCGUUUAGAGUAAAAUAGUAGUAGUAGUAGUAGUAGUAGUAGUAGUAGCAGUAGCAUUAGUAGUAGUAGUAGUAGUAGUAUCGGGAUUGACUCAUGAAUCCGAUUAUUUCAUUGUUUAACAUUGCGUAAAUUAAAUUACUUUUUACUGAAUUGUUAUUGCUGAUGUCCUACUUCUUUUUAUAUUUUUCAGAUGAUGCAUUUCUCUUUGUAUUAAUGUUAAUAUCUCUGUUGAGCUCCUACCAGUUAUCCAAGUGAAAUCCUAAAAGGAACAAACAACUUAGUAAUUCAAACAGAUGGAUUUAUUAUCAUCAAUCAAGCUGCGAAACAUUGUGUCUUUCAGUUUGACCAUUUAAUUUAAUUGUGGAUAAAUACUAUUUCUACUGAAUUUAAAAAAAG